CCGAAGGCUACAUAAAAGUGGCGUUUGCAAUUUCAAAUUACUGAAUUCAGUGGAGCUUGUGAGCAAUCGCAUAUAGAUCCUUCGUGUUGUGUCCGGCAAGAUAAGUUACUACUGGGCUAGUGCACCGCCCGGCGAUUUCGCUGUUCCUCUUCAUUCCUCACUCACCACCACGCCUCUUCUUUUCCUCUGACGGGACACGGUAUUCGAUUUAGACAUUUUCAGCACCCCUAAUCAUGAACGGAACUGGAUCCAUUGAGUCGCAAUGGCUGGCUCAAUUAGCCGCCAUGCGCCAGGCCAUCGCAGACCUGAACCUCACGAAAGACCCCGCCAACGGUCAGCCCGCGUACGGCAGCGACCUCGACCUCGAUCUCGACGAGAAUUCCUCCUCCGCCGGAACUGUUGACGAUGUCUGGGAUCUAAUCAGUUCCGACGACGAGUCUACUAGCGGACUAGACGAAAUCGACGAUCUGCCUUCCCCUCCUCCCUCUUCCGAGCUGCACGAUCAAACAUGGCUGCAGCAGAGAUGCCAGCUUCUCGCCUACCAACAACCCGGGAUGGACGCGAACGAGACGACACAACAACUAAUUGCCGCGUUGGCUACAGAUAGCGGCGAUGAUGAGUUGCAGAUGUCGUUGGCGGAGAUCGUGGGGUUUGACGACCUGGAUUUUGUAAUCGAGUUGAUCACGCACCGGAGGGAGAUACUUGGGAGCCUGGAUGCCGGACCUAGGAAAACACAGGCGCAGACAGACGGAUUGGCGGCUGGGACAUUGCAGACAAGGGCUGAGAGGGAGCAGGCUCUCCGACACCAGGACUACCAGCAUAAGAACUCGGCCUUACUACCGGAACAAGCUCGGCAGGAACCGAAAUACCCGCAUGUUUUCAAAUCUCACGACUCGAGGAAUGUACUGGCCUUGAAUGGAAAGAGUUACGGGCUGCCGCUUGGCAGUAGGCAGAUUGAUGAACCGAAGUAUACCGAGGUCGAAGUCCCAGCUUCAAAAGUUGGCACACUUGGACAACAGCAGAAGCUGGUUCCGAUUUCGUCUAUGGAUGGCCUUUGCCAGGGCACUUUUAAGGGUUACAAGACGUUGAACAGGAUGCAGAGCUUGUUAUACGAUGUUGCCUACAAGACGAGUGAAAACAUGCUCAUUUGCGCGCCGACUGGUGCGGGUAAGACGGACGCUGCUAUGCUUACGAUCCUAAAUGCAGUUGGAAAGAACAUGGUUCCCAAUCCCAUGGAAGAGCCCGAUGCAACCGAGUUCUCGGUUCUAGUGGACGACUUCAAGAUUGUCUAUGUGGCUCCCAUGAAAGCCCUCGCAGCAGAAGUUACUGAAAAGCUCGGAAAACGGCUUGCGUGGCUCGGAAUCAAAGUUCGUGAGCUGACUGGUGACAUGCAGUUGACGAAGCGGGAGAUCGUGGAAACCCAGAUCAUCGUAACCACCCCUGAAAAAUGGGACGUGGUGACCCGCAAGAGCACAGGAGACACAGAGCUUGUGCAAAAGGUCCGCUUGUUGAUUAUUGAUGAGGUCCACAUGCUUCACGAUGAGCGAGGUGCGGUUAUCGAAUCAUUGGUAGCUCGUACUCAGAGGCAGGUCGAAAGCACCCAAUCGCUUAUUCGCAUCGUCGGUCUGUCAGCAACACUUCCAAACUAUGUCGACGUCGCCGAUUUCCUCAAGGUUAAUAAGAUGGCGGGACUGUUCUUUUUCGAUUCGUCUUUUCGACCAGUGCCUCUUGAACAGCAUUUUAUCGGCGUUAAGGGGAAGGCGGGCUCUAAACAAUCUCGCGAGAAUAUCGAUACAGUUGCUUUUGAGAAGGUCCGGGACAUGCUUGAACGAGGCCAUCAGGUCAUGGUAUUCGUGCACUCGCGCAAAGACACAGUACUGACAGCACGGAUGAUGAAGCAAAUGGCCGUCCAAGAUGGUUGCGAGGCGCUCUUCAGCUGCCACGAGCACGAAAACUAUUCUAACGCCCUUCGGGACAUGAAGCAUGCGCGCGCUCGCGAACUUCGUGACUUAUUUUCGAGUGGAUUCGGUACCCAUCAUGCCGGAAUGAGCCGAAGUGACCGAAACCUCAUGGAGCGUAUGUUUUCGGAGGGGCUCAUCAAGGUUCUCUGCUGUACGGCUACGCUUGCCUGGGGUGUUAACCUUCCAGCUGCGGCGGUCGUCAUCAAGGGAACUCAACUAUACAAUCCCCAGGAGGGUAAAUUCGUCGACCUUGGUAUACUGGAUGUCAUGCAGAUUUUUGGUCGUGCUGGUCGUCCUCAGUUCCAGGAUACAGGUAUUGGGUUCAUCUGUACAACCCAUGACAAGCUGAACCACUAUCUCUCUGCGGUUACUUCGCAGCAACCGAUUGAAUCUCGUUUCUCCGGCCGACUUGUGGACAACUUGAAUGCUGAGAUCUCGCUUGGAACAGUUACGUCCAUUCCGGAAGCAGUGCAGUGGCUGGGAUAUUCCUAUCUAUUUGUUCGCAUGAAGCGGGAGCCCCGGAACUACGGUAUCGAUCAUGCUGAAAUGGUAGACGACCCUAUGCUUGUCCAGAGGCGCCGCCAACUCAUCGUUCAGGCGGCCCUCGUCCUGCAAAAGAGUCAGAUGAUUAUCUACAACGAGAAAACGGACGAGCUCCGGGCCAAAGAUGUUGGGCGGAUUGCAAGUCAAUACUACGUCCUCCAGACAAGUAUUGAGAUCUUCAACGAGUUGAUGCGACCCCGAUCUGGCGAGGCUGACGUUUUGCGAAUGAUUAGUAUGAGUGGUGAAUUCGACAACAUCCAAUCUCGCGAUAGUGAGUCGAAAGAGCUCACCCGACUUCGCGAGGAAGCGGUCCAGACUGAAGUGGAAGGAGGAAAUGAUUCUGCUCACGCAAAGACCAACAUUCUACUCCAGUCCUACAUUUCCCGCGCCAAACUUGAGGAUUUUGCGUUAGUCUCGGAUACGGGAUAUGUCGCCCAGAACGCGGCACGUAUCUGUCGCGCUUUGUUCAUGAUUGCCUUGAACCGGCACUGGGGGUAUCAAUGUCAGGUACUUCUUUCCAUGUGCAAGUCUAUCGAGAAGCAGAUGUGGCCUUUCGAUCACCCAUUCCGUCAAUUCGACCUGCCGCAGCCAAUUUUGAGGAACCUGGAUGAGAGAUUACCAUCAUCAUCGGUCGAAUCAAUGAGGGACAUGGAAACCGCAGAACUUGGCGAACUCGUACACAACACUAAGAUGGGAAAGACACUGGGAAAGUUGUUGGAUAACUUCCCGACUCUUAGUGUUGAGGCCGAGAUUGCGCCACUAAAUCGCGAUGUUUUGCGCGUCCGCUUAAGUCUCUAUCCCGAAUUCACCUGGAAUGACCGACACCAUGGUGCAUCCGAGUCUUACUGGGUUUGGGUUGAGAACUCAGAAACAUCGGAGAUCUAUCACCAUGAAUAUUUCAUUCUCAGCAGGAAGAAGCUCUAUGAUGAACACGAACUGAACUUUACCAUUCCACUUUCGGAUCCCCUGCCCAGCCAAAUCUACGUUCGAGCCAUAUCUGAUCGUUGGCUGGGAGCGGAGACGGUUACGCCAAUCUCAUUCCAGCACCUUAUCCGCCCAGACACUGAGAGUGUUUAUACAGACCUUCUGGAUCUACAGCCUCUCCCUAUAUCUGCUUUGAACAAUCCGAUUCUCGAAGAACUUUACGGACAACGCUUUCAGUACUUCAACCCAAUGCAGACCCAGCUCUUCCAUGUUCUAUACCAUACCCAAGCAAACGUGCUUCUUGGAUCACCAACAGGCAGUGGAAAGACAGUCGCUGCGGAGUUGGCCAUGUGGUGGGCUUUCAGAGAGCGCCCUGGGUCCAAGGUGGUGUACAUUGCACCUAUGAAAGCUCUUGUUCGCGAGCGUGUUAUGGAUUGGGGAAAGCGAGUUACAGCGCCCAUGGGAUUGAAACUGGUCGAAUUGACUGGUGACAACACCCCUGACACGCGGACAAUCCGUGACGCUGAUAUUAUCAUUACCACUCCGGAAAAGUGGGACGGUAUCUCGCGUAGUUGGCAAACCAGAGAUUAUGUUCGGAAGGUGAGCCUAGUGAUUAUCGACGAGAUCCACCUGCUUGGUGGUGACCGUGGACCCAUUCUCGAGAUCAUUGUCUCCCGUAUGAACUACAUCGCUUCCCAGUCGAAGGGCUCAGUUCGACUACUGGGUAUGUCGACGGCUUGUGCAAAUGCAUCGGAUCUUGCCAACUGGUUAGGCGUCAAGGAAGGACUGUACAACUUCCGGCACUCCGUGCGGCCUGUCCCUCUAGAGAUUUUUAUUGACGGAUUCCCCGAGCAGCGUGGAUUCUGCCCGCUCAUGCAGUCGAUGAAUCGACCAACCUUCCUGGCAAUUAAGAACCACUCCCCCGAGAAGCCUGUGAUUGUGUUUGUCGCUUCUCGUAGACAGACUCGCUUGACCGCCAAGGACUUGAUCAAUUUCUGUGGAAUGGAGGAUAACCCGCGUCGCUUUGUUCGUAUGUCAGAGGACGAUCUACAGUUGAACCUUGAACGGGUCAAGGAUGAGGCUCUACGUGAAGCGCUGUCCUUUGGUAUCGGUCUUCACCACGCCGGUUUGGUAGAGUCUGACCGACAACUGGCCGAAGAACUAUUCGCAAAUAACAAGAUUCAGAUCCUUGUAGCCACUAGCACACUCGCUUGGGGUGUCAAUCUUCCUGCACAUCUUGUUGUUGUCAAAGGAACCCAAUUUUUCGACGCGAAAAUUGAAGGAUACAGGGACAUGGACUUGACGGAUGUUUUGCAAAUGUUGGGUCGGGCUGGGCGUCCCCAGUUCGAUUCAUCUGGUAUUGCGCGUAUCUUCACGCAGGACUCGAAGAAGGCAUUCUAUAAACACUUCCUGCAUACCGGAUUCCCUGUUGAGUCGACCCUGCACAAGGUUUUGGAUAACCACUUGGGUGCCGAAGUCUCUGCUGGCACUAUCACCACUAAGCAAGACGCUCUGGACUAUCUUACUUGGACGUUCUUCUUCCGACGUUUGCAUAAGAACCCAUCGUACUACGGUCUUGAGAUUUCAGCAGACCAGCACAACUCCCUUGAAGCACAGUCCCUCGCUCAGGAUUUCAUGAUUGACCUUGUCGACAAGUCACUCGGUGAGUUGUCGGGAUCUAGCUGUAUCAUUUUCGACUCGGCUACCGGCGAGGUCGAUGCAACUCCAUUCGGAAAAAUCAUGAGUUACUACUACCUUGCACACAAGACAAUCCGUUACCUUCUCUCCCACGCAAAGCCUGCACCGACCUUCCAUGACGUGCUCAGCUGGAUGUGCUCCGCCACUGAAUUUGACGAACUCCCUGUUCGUCACAACGAAGACCUCAUCAACGCCGAACUCUCGCGCAAUUUGCCCCUCUCCGUUGAACCGAUGGGCGAUCUCCCGAUGUGGGAUCCUCAUGUCAAAGCCUUCCUUCUCCUCCAAGCUUAUAUGUCGCGCAUCGAUCUUCCCAUCUCUGAUUAUGUUGGAGAUCAAACUUCCGUCCUCGACCAGAGUAUCCGUAUUAUACAGGCUUCAAUCGACGCAAUGGCCGAACUAGGCUACACAGCUGCGUGUCGCACAUUCAUAAACCUGCUGCAGUGCAUUAAAUCCGCGCGAUGGCCAGAGGACCACCCUCUCUCUAUCCUCCCAGGCAUCGAUCCAUCCACCAACACCACCGAUAAAAAUCAAACACUCCCCACCUCUCUAACAGCCCUAACCUCCCUUCCACAUGGCGCAAUAUCGUCCCUUCCCGGAAAGGUGCACCUUCCAGGCCCCGCACAAGCCCAGUUCACAAAGGCAACCACCCAUCUCCCCCGCCUCGCAGUCGCGAUUCCCCAAACAUCCGAACGGGAAAUAACAGUCGCCCUUACACGCAAGAACAACCCCACAAACCCAGACUUCCGGAUAUACGCACCUCGAUUCCCGAAGCCCCAAACAGAAGGUUUCUUUUUGCUCGUUUGCGCGGCCAAAUCAGAUGGCCUGGAUGGGGAUCUUGUAGCUCUCAAGCGCGUUUCGUGGCCUAUGGGAAAUAAUAACAGUGCAACCCGGGACAGUGGCAAAGGAAACUGGAAGGGCCCGAACAAGAACAAUGGCAAGGGCCGAGGAAACGGUCCCAUUACCACAAAUUCCACAGUGAAGUUCCCCAAGGGUAUUCCUGUCCCUGCAGCUGUCAAUGUGCGAGUGAUGAGUGAUUCUUAUCCGGGAAUGGAGUGGGCUGUUUCUGGGGUUGAGGUUCUUGGUGAGACUGGUAGUAGUAGCAAGGGUAAGGAGGUUGAGACCCAGAGACAGGUUGUCCCCGAGUCGAGUGUUCCGGCGAAGGAGUGAUAUCUCGAAUGGAACUAGGUGUUCAGCAUGCCGUGCCGACCCUUUUAAGGCCUCGUUAGAUGAGACAAUGUCAUAUAAAUAGAAAGUUUAUAUUUCAUUUGUAGAACAGAAAGAAAAAACACACUGUGUUUUGAAUAUCCAGCCUCGAAGCAAGAAGAUAUCUCCCGCUAUAAAAGGUAUAUAUAUAUAUGCUGAAAACAAAGAUAGAAGUUCAACCA